AGUUUGAUAUGAGCGAUCCAACCUUGUGGAUUCCUGGAUAUUAUUCCCGUAUAUCCUGACCCGUGGUGCACUCUGUUUGCAGACGCGCCCGUGUGCAUCCAGGAACGUGAGGAAGUGUAUGGAGCACUCAAGCAGGAGACCGUGACGUUACGAUGUCGAGUGGAUGCGAAUCCGCCAGUAGCGGCAUUUCAUUGGACAUUUAAUAACAGCGGGGAUCAGACGGACGUGUCCAGCGAAAAGUACACGAACGAGGUGACAUCGUCUCGAUUGAACUACACACCCAACAACGACCUGGACUAUGGUACUCUCCUUUGCUAUGGGGAAAAUGAAAUUGGAAAGCAGAAGGAACCAUGUGUAUUUCAAGUAGUUAUUGCCGGCCGUCCAUCUCAUCUGCAAAACUGCACGCUGCUAAACCAAACCACCAACUCUUUGCAAGUGGAAUGCGUUGAGGGCUAUGACGGAGGGUUAACCCAAAGCUUUGAAAUGGAAAUUUUGGAAUUGCCCGGGCUCAAAUCGCGAUUAAACAUCACAACCUAUAAGGCACCCAUCUUUGUAGCUGAUGGGCUGGACCCGGGAACUAGUUACCGCAUCAUGUUGUAUGCCGUAAACAAAAAGGGCCGAAGCGAUGCGACAGUGAUCGAUCCCGUAACUUUCAAAGGAGUGGCCAAAUUACAAGGUUCGACUGCCAGUAUGCCAAUCAACCCCCUGAUAAUGGGCCUUUUAGGAACAGCAGCAAUUUUGGCAACCGGAGUAUGUCUAGUGUUGGUAGCACUAUGUAGAAAACACUACGCCAGGCCAUGCCACAGGCCGGAUAGCAACAGUACAAAGCAUGUUCCUAUGGAAGCCGUUAUCAAUGCAGAUGACCUGAUUGUCGAUGGUUCCAUAACUGGAAUGCGAACCUCCAGCGGUUCCAUUGAGCACACCAUAACAGCUGAAGCGGUUCGGAAUGGAAACUCCAUAGAAGCCACGGAUCCGGAUAUAAUCCGAAAUCAGUAUGAAAGAAGACCGAUUCACGGGUUUAUGAAAGUAUACGAGUACGAACCACCUGGUUGCCGCGAAGAAGACGACCAAGACGAUGAGGGCGAAGGAUACGCCUUUAAACACGUUGCCAAAGAAUUACAUGCCCCGAAUCAAACAAUAUAUCGAAGUCUCCAGAGGCCUAACCGGACAAACCCCCACAAUCCGACGUUGAUUACGGGGUCCCAAACGCUCACCCAUAAAUAUCGGGGGCCCGAAGUGGUCACCACAUCCAAUCGGAUACAGGAGAGUUGCAUAUAAGAUCCUUAUAAUGUCAUUGUUUUUAUCAUUGUAAUAUAUUAAUGUAUUUAAAAUAAAAAUAUUAAAAGACUUUAUUUCUAA